AUGCGUGUGUGCGUGUGCAGGGUGUGCGCGCGCGGGUGCGCGGACGCCACGCUGCGCGCGCGCCUGCUGGAGGCGGCGGCGGCGCUGGCCGACCUGCUGCUGGCCGCGCACCAGCAGCACCAGCACCACCACCACCACCAGCUCGCCGCGCUGCGUCGCGACCUCAUCCGACCAUACGUGGAGAUCGGGCAGGGUGGGCGCGCGGGCGCGCUGGCGGAGAAGUUCGAGGAGUGGGAGGUGCUGGUGCAGCUGUGCGUGGACGCCGGGGACCUGCCACGCCUGCACGCGCUCAUCGACAAAUACGCGCACGAGGUUAUUUUUUUGUUCAUCAUUCAUUACAACCUAUUGAAAGUCCUACAACAGCCUUUUAGAGAUUGCAACUGCUGCAACUGCUGA